AGAGAAGUCGGAGGCAUUGUUGGUUGAACGGACGGCAGCCAUUUCGAUUUGUAUUUAGUGCGUGAAGUGGCGAAAAGAGUUUUCACUGAAUUCUAUAUCUUUGCAUUUAGUUGAUAAACUGUUUGGACUGUUGCAAAGACUUUUUAGUUGGUAAGAUAUUUGUAGAUCUGCUCAUAAUGUCCAUGGCUUCCACGUGCUACAAGUGUAAUCGCACGGGUCACUUUGCCCGCGACUGUAACUUCGGUGGUGGUGGUGGUGGUGGUCGUGAUAUGCGACGCGGCAAUAAUCGAGAGAAAUGUUUUAAAUGCAACCAGUAUGGUCAUUUUGCUCGCGCUUGCCCUGAAGAGUCUGAGCGUUGCUAUCGUUGCAAUGGCGUCGGUCAUAUUUCGAAGGAUUGCACACAACCGGACAAUCCAACAUGUUACAAAUGCCACAAAGUUGGCCAUUGGGCGCGUAAUUGCCCUGAAGCGUCGAAUGAUCGUAGCUCUAGUAACAUUUCGUGCUACAAGUGCAACCGCACUGGACAUAUUUCCAAAAAUUGCCCAGACACGGCUAAAACAUGCUAUGGCUGCGGUAAAAGCGGUCAUUUGAGACGUGAGUGUGAGGAGAAGGGGAGCCGCAACUAGACAUAGGAGCUCUCAUAUUCUCUUCUCUUUACUCCUAAUUUAACAAAUAAACAACCUCACAUUAAAAUCCCAUUGUUUCUGCCCAGCAUAUAAUUCAGCAAGAACAGAAAUAUUAAAACAACUUUUCAACAAAAUUAUACAAUUACAAGAUUUUAAAAGUACAUAAGCAUGCGUACAUGUGUACAUUUAUCUGGAGUACUGCCCGUUGACGAAGGUACUUUGGUCUUAAAGUGUCGCAAACACAAGAAACAGGAUGAUUUAAAUUUAUUAAUUAACCGCUGUGAACAAAUGUCGAA